GGGGUAUGACCCGGAAGUGAUUCCUGAGGCGGCGGCCGCGUGGAUUGCUGUUCUGGCGGUGCGGUGGUGAUCGCCGCUGCGAUGACCAAAAUAAAGGCAGAUCCGGAUGGGCCGGAGGCUCCGGUGGAGGCGUCUGGUGGGGAGCGCACUUACCACGAGCUGCUGGUCAAUCUGAACCCCAUCGCGCAGCCCCUGCCCGGGCGGCCGCGUCCUGGCGAUGUCCUUGCAGCCGUGAAGCAGAAGCAGAUCCGGCGCGGGGUGAAGGAGGUUCAGAAAUUUGUCAACAAAGGCGAGAAAGGGAUCAUGGUUUUAGCAGGAGACACGUUACCAAUCGAGGUGUACUGCCACCUGCCAGUCAUGUGCGAGGACCGGAGUUUGCCCUAUGUCUAUAUCCCCUCCAAGACGGACCUGGGUGCUGCUGCAGGCUCCAAGCGCCCCACCUGUGUGAUAAUGGUCAAGCCGCACGAGGAGUACCAGGAGGCCUACGAUGAGUGCCUGGAGGAGGUGCAGGCCCUGCCACCGCCCUUGUGAGGGACUCAGCGGAAGUGGCUGGG